ACUCCUCCAGGGUUCAUCCGGUGUAAUACAAUUAGUACUAUUGACAUCUAGAAUCUAUAUGAGGGACCAAUAUGCCCUAAUAUCAUGGCAAAAACCAAAGGGCUUGAAUUUGUCUAAUAGAAGAAGAAGACUUGAUCCAGAGAUGGCAUCCUUUUCGUUUGCUUUACAAGUCAAUGGGCUCUUUCAUAAUCAUUCUAUCUCUCACAGCUUUGAUCAUCUCAAGACCUUUCUCUCCUCUGCUGUAAAGAAAAUAUCAGUGAGAACUGACAUUGCAAAAACCCUCAAAAACACUUCUAAUAGAAUGUUGGAUGCAUUUGUGGAUUCUACAUUUCAAUUUGUCAGUCAACCCUUACUCCCAUCUCAGAAAAACUUCGCACCAGUGGAAGAAAUUGGAGAAGCUGUUCAGGUUGUUUGUAUUGAAGGGAUUAUUCCAGUAGAUUUUCGAGCCGGUGUUUACAUAAGAAAUGGUUCAAAUCCUCUAUUUGGAGGACUAAAAUAUACAAUUUCAAUUUUUGGAAGAUCAAGCCAUAUAUGGGUAGAAGGAGAAGGAAUGCUUCAUGCCAUAUAUUUUAUGAAGGAUGCUCAUGGAGAUUGGAUCAUCUCCUACAAAAACAGAUAUGUUGAGUCUGAGACAUUCAAGCUGGAGAAACAAAGAAACAAGCCAUCCUUCCUUCCUACUGUUGAAGGAGAUUCUCCAGCUAUCAUAGCAGCUUAUCUUUUGAACAUGUUGAGAUUUGGAAUGGUUAAUAAACAAAUCAGCAGCACAAGUAUUUUUGAGCAUUCAAGGAAGUUCUAUGCAAUCACAGAGAACCAUCUGCCUCAAGAGAUUGACAUAUUUACUCUGGAGACCUUGGAGGAGUGGGAUGUCAAUGGAGCUUGGGAUCGGCCUUUCACUAGCCAUCCAAAGAAAGCUCCAGGAACUGGGGAACUAGUUACCAUUGGGAUGGAUGGACAGAAGCCUUUUAUUGUGGCAGGAGUUAUUUCUGCGGAUGGAAAUAUGCUAUCUCAUAAAGUUGACCUCAAGUUUAAUAGAGCUACUCUAAUCCAUGAAAUAGGAGUUACACAGAAGUAUAAUGUAAUCAUGGAUUGUCCUCUUACAGUAGACAUGAACAGACUAGUUGCAGGAGGCCCAUUAAUCAAGUAUGAUAAGGAAGGCUAUACAAGGAUUGGGGUCAUGCCUCGUUAUGGAAAUGCAGAUUCAGUUAAGUGGUUUGAUGUAGAAGCAAAUUGCACACUUCAUAUUCUCAAUAGCUUUGAGGACGGAAAUGAGGUAGUAGUAAGGGGGUGUAGAGCUCUUGAAUCCAUCAUACCUGGCCCUGAUCAAGGUCUAAAUAAAUUUGAGUGGUUUUCAAUGGGAUUUAAACCUAUAGAGAUAUCUAACAAAAAUUCUAAUGGUUUCACACAAGAGGGUUUCCUUUUUGCUCGAGUGUAUGAAUGGAGACUAAACAUGGAAACUGGGGAGGUUAAGGAGAGAAAUCUCACUGGGACAGAUGUCUCCAUGGAAUUUCCUAUGAUCAAUGAAGAUUUUACAGGUGUUAAACACAAGUAUGGUUACACCCAAGUCCUAGAUUCCAUGGCAAGCUCAAGCUGCGGCAUGGCCAAAUAUGGAGGUCUAGCAAAAUUGUACUUUGAAGAACAAGACAAGACACUACCUGCAAGGGAUGGAAAGAAGGGGCAGCUGAUAAAGGUGGAGUACCAUAGAUUUGAGGAAAACAACUUCUGCAGUGGAAGUGCCUUUGUCCCAAAACAGGGAGGUGUUGAAGAAGAUGAUGGUUGGAUCAUCUCUUUUGUUCACAAUGAAGAUACCAACAUAUCUCAAGUUCAUAUAAUUGAUGCAAGAAAGUUUGACAGCAAGCCAGUUGCAAAAAUCACACUGCCUCAAAGGGUGCCAUAUGGCUUUCAUGGAACCUUCAUACCAAUGCCCGGACAAGCUUAGAUGUACGUUAUCUUUAAUGCCUAAAAUUGUAAACCCAAGUUGGUUUUAUCUUUGAAUGAACAAGUAUCUCAUUCAACUAAAUGUUGAUUUAACAUAAAUGUAGAUUGAUUUUUGUUUUACUUUUUUUAUAUGUAUUUUUCUUUUCUCAUUCAACUAAAGACG